AUGUCCUUGAGAGACUUCCCCCAUUCUUUUAAAGAAGCCGCUUGCGGUUGGUACUAUAAGGUUCCUGGCGAAUUGGCCUUGACUAAGAAACAGAGGGAUAAUGUCAAGGUUGCCAUAGAAGAAGGCGAAGAAGAGCCUCCUACGAAGGUCAAGUUUGACAGUUUGUGGCCUGCUUUCACUGCUGGUGCUGGUCUUUUUUCGGAUGGUUAUGUGAAUAACUCCAUCGCCACGGUGAACAUCUGUUUGACACGUAUUUAUGGUGACACUUACGCUGAAUCUGAGUCCAUGUCCAACGUCACGGCCAUCGCUUUCGCUGGUAUCGUCUUGGGUCAAUUGUCUUUUGGUUACAUUUCUGACCAUAUCGCUAGAAAGGGUGGUAUGAUGGCUGCAAACAUCAUUCUUGUGUUUUUCACCAUUUGCUGUGCUGCCGCUACCUGGGGUGUUACCCCAGAAGGCAUGUUCGUCGCCUUGACCGUGUUCCGUUUCUUCUUGGGUGUCGGUAUUGGUGCUGAGUACCCAACUGCAUCUGUCAUUGCUUCUGAGUUUGCCAACCAGUUGCCUGUGGGCCACAGAAACAGAUACUUUAUCUGGUUCACCAACUCUUGUAUUUGCACGGGUUACGUGACUGCUGCUUUUGUCCCUAUGGUCUUGUUGUGGAUCACUUCUCCUUCUGACAGAGACUUGCACAUCGUGUGGAGAUUGACUUUGGGUCUUGGUGCCAUUCCUCCAUUUGCUCUUUUCUUCAUGAGAAGAAAGAUGAAGCCUUCUGCUUCCUACGAGAAGACCAACAUGAAGUCCGCUAAGAAGUUCCCAUGGUGGCUCGUCAUCAAGUUCUACUGGUUCAGAUUGGCCAUUGUGUCCAUCGUCUGGUUUAUCUACAACUUCUCUGUCUUUUCCUUCGGUCUUUACUCUUCUUACAUGUUGGAUAUGAUCAUUGACGGUGAUGACUUGUACGCUACUUUCGGCUGGAACGUUGUCUUCAACUUGUUCUACCUUCCAGGUACUUUCAUUGGUGCUUUCUUCACUGACUUCUUUGGCCCUAGAGUCACCUUGGCUUUUGGUCUCUUCUGUCAGGCCAUUAUUGGUUACGCCAUGACUGCUGAGUUCAACACUUUAAAAAACCAGGUUGCUGGCUUCGUUGUUGUCUUUGGUUUCUUCACUGCUUUCGGUGAGAUUGGUCCAGGUAACAACGUCGGUUGCUUGGCUUCCAAGACUUCUGCUACUGCUAUCAGAGGUCAGUACUACGGUAUUGCUGCUGCUUUCGGUAAGGUCGGUGCCUUCGUUGGUACUUACGUUUUCCCUGUCAUUAUGAGAAACCACGGUGGUGAGGGCUCCCCAGAUGGUAUCAGAACUGCCUUCUACGUUUCCUCCUCCUUGUGUCUCUUCUCGGGUAUUCUUACCUUGUUCUUCUGUCCAUCUGUUGGCCAGGAGGCUAUUAACGAGGAGGACAAGAACUUCGUCCAGUACUUGAGAGACAGUGGUUACGACCUUGCCAACUUGGGUGACGGUUCUCUUGCCAUCGAGUCCCAGGACUCUAUUGAGAACGAUGAUGAGAAGGUCGGUCACCUCCAGUACGAAGUGUCUCGUGCCUCCAACGACUCUGUCGCUAACAACACGUCGUCCAACGGCUCUGUUACUAAAACGGAAAAGAGAUAA